UCCAAGCGUGGUGUGCAGCUUAAGAAUUGCUUCUCUUUAAAUUACGUUUUAAAAUGAAAUAUUUCAUUAUUUUUCUCGUCUUAAUGCAGGUCUUUAAUGGACUUGCUUUGCCUGCAAAAAAACCGAGUAACCUCAAGAAGUUAUUGGAAAUAAUAGCGUUAAGGAGUAACGAUAAUCCUGAGGAAUUGGCUUUUAUGUCAGAGGAUAAUAUUUUCAACAGUAAUUUAUUUGAAGAAGACAUCUUUCUAGAUGGCAGUACGUCUGAUAUCUUCAACCAACUGCUCAGUCCCAGCAGAGAGGCCUUGGUAAACCCAGUAUCUCGCUGGCCUAAUGGCCGCAUACCUUACGUGUUCGGCCCUGUUACUACGUUGGUAAAGAAUACCUUCCACGCAGCAGUCAAAGAGUACGAGAAGCACACCUGCAUUAAGAUAGUACCCAGGACGUCAGAGAGAGAUUACCUCUAUAUCGUCAGUGAGGGAGGGUGCUGGUCUUCAAUAGGUCGAAGUGGAUACAGGCAGAAGCUUUCUAUUGGUCGAAACUGUGAACGCAAAGGAAUCGUGAUGCACGAGUUGAUGCAUACGUUAGGAUUCUUUCACGAGCAGUCGAGACUGGACAGGGAUGACUUCGUUACCAUUCAUUGGGAGAACAUUGAUCCGAAGAGACGUUACAACUUCCAGAAGUACGAACACGGUAAAGCAGAUUCCCUGGGUUUCGACUACGACUACGAGUCCAUCAUGCACUACCCAAUGUAUUCCUUCACAUCCAACGGACGCGCCACGAUCGUUCCUAAAGACCCCAAAGCCAAGAUUGGACAGAGAAAAAAAUUUAGUGAAAUUGAUAUUGCACAACUUAACAAAUUUUACAAUUGUCCUAAAAAAACCGCUGCACUCCCUACGACGCCUGCUCCAACUACGACUCCUGCUCCUCCAACUAAGCCGACAGAGCCAUGCUUGGAUACACUGUCCACGUGUUGGUACUACGCCUGGUUUGGAUACUGUGAUUAUUACUUUGAAUUCAUGACAACAAACUGCAGAAAAUCUUGUUAUCGCUGCUGAGACGGUAGGAUUUGGAGGUCAUUCCCGCGUCGUAAGCUCACUAUCUACCAAGUAUAUCUACAAAGCUUUUUGCUGUUGUAUCACAGCGUGGGACAAUCACAACAGAUCUAGGCUCCAAACUAAGUGAAAGCCCAAAGAUCGAUCCUAUAUAUCCUAUACUGUACCUGCUGUACUUUGCUAUAGAGCGUUUUCACUCACGUGAGAAGACAGCCAUAAACAAUAGAAACUUUCUACACAGCAUUUGCAUAAAAUAGAGUUCAGUUCCCGGAGGAUUGAAAAUGUAUUGUUUUGGUACCCCAUAAUGCCCGCUGUGACGUCACGUGAAAACGCUCUAUAGUCGUCAGUAACCUAAAAUCGAGCGCGGUCAUUAUAACUUAUAUAUCAUUCAUUUUUGAUUUGGGUAGGUUAAUUUAAACAGAUUAAAUAAAUAAAUAAUAAAUUUAAAAUCAA